GACCGGCAUAACUGAAAGUGAUUUGAAGAUUGUUCAACAAAAGGAUGAUCCCUUGAUGUCGAAUAUCUCGAGAGAAGGAAUUCUUCGUGGAUUAAAAGAAUGCCAAAGGCUAUUUAGAAACGAUAUCUGGAACUGUCCAUCGGAGAUGUUUAAAAUGCUAUCCUUCUCUAACGAGUCGACUCAUCGCUAUGCCACUCGGGAGACUGCUUUUAUGUAUGCUAUAACCGCAGCCGCUAUAACCCAUGAAUUCACUCACCAGUGCACAUUGGGAAGAAUCCCCGGGUGUGGAUGCGGAACUUAUUACGGUGAUGGUGUCAUAAGUGGAUGUGGCGAGAAUAUCGCGUUCGGACAAAGGGAGGCUAUGCGUCUUUUCCGAGUACCGCGGAAAAGAAGAUUACGAUUGGAUGCUUUGACGGCUGUAAAUAUGCAUAACUACAAUCUAGGAACGAAAGGAGCAUUUCAAGCAGGUUAAAUGUAGAUGUAAGUUUAUUUGGUGCUGCAGAGUUGAAUGUGAGACAUGCACUGAGAAGUAUAAUGAAACAAGGUGUUCACUGUAAGCGGAUACUAUACUGUAUGUCAUGAAGAAAGAGAUUUCAUGGUUAACUUCCUGCAAUGUCAAGUAUAUUAAGUGUGUGCGUGUGUUUAUUGACCUAAAAGUAAAAAACAUCAUAUUUUGAAAUAAUCCUACCAAGUGUGUCGUUAGUGCUACAGGUUUGUUUGGAGCCCCAUUCAAUGCACGCCAGAUACACUUGAGGACAGCGUUUCAUUCAAACCACGCAACGAUAGUUUUUCAUUCUCGCUGAAGAUAACAGAUAAGAUGGUUUUCCGUCUGCAGUACAAUCAUGACCAGCGAAACAAAAUAUUGAAUGAAUAGACCCUUCAGCUGUUGAGCAUGCGUAAUGAAAGUGUUUACCCCCCAUCUUCCCCAUGAAUAAAGGAAUAACCGAGUCA